AUGGCGGGGACAGCAGCGGUGCCGGCGGCAGGUCCCGAGCCCAUGCCCAGCUAUGCGCAGUUGGUGCAGCGCGGCUGGGGUAGCGCGCUGGAAGCGGCGAGGGACUGCAAGGACUGCGGCUGGGGUCUGGCGCGCCGCGGCCUGGCCGAGCACGCGCACCUAGCGCCGCCAGAGCUGCUGCUGCUGGCAGUCGGCGCGCUCGGCUGGACUGUGCUGCGUGAGGCGGCAAACGCACGGCUCUUUCGGCCCCUUGCCAAAUGGUACCGCCUUCAGCCCAGAGAUGCUGCCAAGAUGCCUGAGAGCGCCUGGAAGUUUCUCUUCUACCUGGGCGUCUGGAGCUACAGUACCUACCUGCUCUUCGGAACUGACUACCCCUUUUUCCAUGAUCCACCCUCCGUCUUCUACGACUGGAAGCCGGGCAUGGCAGUGCCGUGGGACAUCUCAGCAGCUUACCUCCUGCAAGGCAGCUUCUACGGCCACGCCAUCUAUGCCACACUCUACAUGGACGCCUGGCGUAAGGACUCGGUGGUCAUGCUCAUACACCACGUGGUCACUGUGGUCCUCAUUGUUUCUUCGUAUGCUUUCCGGUACCAUAACGUGGGGGUCCUCGUGCUCUUCCUGCAUGACAUCAGUGACGUGCUGCUCGAGUUCACCAAGCUCAACAUAUACUUCAAGUUUCGGGGCGGGACCCACCACCGGCUUCACAAGCUUGCUGCUGACCUGGGCUGCAUCAGCUUCUGUGUCAGCUGGUUCUGGUUUCGGCUCUACUGGUUUCCACUCAAGGUCCUGUAUGCCACAUGGCACUGCAGCCUGCGCUCCGUGCCCGACAUCCCCUUCUACUUCUUCUUCAAUGCACUGCUCCUGGCACUCACCCUCAUGAACCUUUACUGGUUUCUGUACAUCAUGGCCUUCGCUGCCAAGGUGCUGACAGGCCAGAUGCAGGAGUUGAGCGAUGUGCGGGAUUACGACUCUGUGGUGGACACCCCCAGUCCCAAGCCAAGUAAAGACGAGUGA